CGCACCGUGGCCCGCCUCUCCCCCAGAACUCACCCCAGCCCAUGGCACUUCCCCUCCAGAUCACAGCCGAAAGUCACAAAAUGCAUUGUAAUCUGCCGCUGACCUCUACGUCUUAUCCACCCCCUCAUUAGAGAACCCUGCUCCUCCUCGCCCGCCCCAGUUUCUCGCACUUCAACGGCCUUACCAUGUCUCCUCACAUCGACUACUACCCCGCCUCUGCCUCCCACGGCAACGGCUACGCCCACAACCGCAAGAACCCUGCAAUAUAUUCCUCCAUCGGCUGUGUUGUAUCCAAUGGGCAUGCCUCUUCUUCAACAGAUAAGAAGCCCGAGCUCUUGGACCGCUUCGUUCACGCGUACGACGAACUCCAAGUCUACAAAGAAGGAAAGCCAGUGGCUGUUGACGGUCACACCCUCAGCAUUGCCGCAGUGGUAGCUACUGCUCGCUAUGGAGCUGCCGCGGCUCUCGACGACAAACCCAAGACACGUGAGCGUGUUCUGCAGAGCAGACGCGUGAUUGUGGACAAGGUCAACGCUCAACGCAGCGUGUACGGAGUCAGCACAGGCUUCGGUGGCAGUGCCGAUACUCGUUCAAACGACCCUCUCCUGCUCGGCAAUGCCCUUCUCCAGCACCAGCAGGCUGGUGUACUGCCGUCUCAGAACGAGGCUCCCCUCCGGGCACUUCCCCUGGGCGAUCCCCUCGCUACGACCAGCAUGCCAGAGGCUUGGGUCCGUGGCGCUAUCCUUAUCCGGAUGAACUCGCUCAUCCGCGGUCACUCUGGCAUCCGCUGGGAGCUGAUCGAGAAGUUGAAUGAGCUUUUGCGGGAGAACAUCACACCACUCGUCCCUCUGCGUGGCAGCAUCUCGGCUUCUGGAGAUCUGUCCCCUCUAUCGUACGUCGCUGGAACCCUGACUGCUAACCCGGCGAUUCGCGUUUAUGACGGCCCUGUAUCCUUUGGUCCGCGUCGCAUUCUUGCCUCCAACGUUGCGCUAGCCAAUCACGGUGUUGCCCCGAUCUCCCUCUCGUCCAAGGAGCACCUCGGCAUCUUGAACGGCACUGCGUUCUCUGCGUCCGUCAGUGCGCUUGCUCUUAACGAGGCCGUUCACCUGUCGCUACUCGCGCAGAUCUGCACAGCGAUGGGCACCGAAGCCAUGACUGGCGCCGUCGCCUCCUUCAAUCCUUUCAUCCACGACACCGCCCGCCCCCACCCAGGUCAGGUUGAAGUCGCACGCAAUAUUAGGACACUUCUUGAGGGCUCGCAGAUGGCACUCAAGCAUGAGGACGAGGCCCACAUUACCGAAGAUGAAGGCGAGCUUCGUCAGGAUCGCUACCCGCUUCGUACUUCGGCGCAGUUCCUUGGCCCGCAAGUCGAGGAUAUCCUCUCCGCGCUGGAUGCGGUCACGGUGGAGUGCAACUCGACUACCGACAACCCUCUGGUCGACGGCGAAACCGGGACUGUGCACCACGGUGGGAAUUUCCAGGCCAUGGCCGUCGCGAGUGCGAUGGAGAAGACUCGCCUGGCUGUUUAUCAUAUCGGCAAGCUUCUCUUUGCGCAGUGCACGGAGCUCAUCAACCCAGCGAUGAAUCGCGGACUGCCGCCGAACCUGGCAGCGACGGACCCGUCGCACAAUUACUUCGCCAAGGGUAUCGACAUUCACACCGCCGCCUACGUCAGCGAGCUCGGGUACCUCGCCAACCCAGCGUCGACGCACAUCCAGUCUGCCGAGAUGCACAAUCAGGCUGUAAACUCCCUUGCUCUGAUUUCAGCUCGGUACACGAUCACUGCGCUUGAUGUGCUCUCACUGCUGACGUCGAGCUACCUGCUUGCGCUGUGCCAGGCACUCGACCUGCGCUCGAUGCACCACGACCUUCAGUGUUCGCUGUCAGCCAUCGUGCGUGAGCUCGUGCCGAAGCAUUUCCCGUCUGUGGCCAGACAUGCGGACGUCCUCGUGCCGAUCCUCGAGCGCGCCGUCUUCCGUGCCCUCGACACUACGAGCACCGCAGACGGCGAGGCGCGCAUGCACAGCGUCGCUGCGUCCACGACGACGCCACUGGUCGACUUCCUCUCCGCGGACGCCGCGUUUGCCUCCGAGCUCGCGCAUGUCACCGGCUUCCGCAUAGAGCUUGCGCAGUGCGCUUCAAAGACCCUAAUGGCUCUACGUGCGCAGUACCUCGAGGGCGCGCGUGGCUCUACGCCCGCGAGCAAGUACCUUGGCAAGACGCGCGCGGUGUACGAGUUCGUGCGGGUCACGCUCGGGGUGCGGAUGCACGGCGCGAAGAACCUGCACGGGUUCGCGAUGGGCGCUGGCAUCGAGGGCGGCACGGUCGGCGGCGACAUCUCUGUCAUCUACGAGGCCAUCCGGGAUGGCGAGAUGCAGGGUGUCGUCAUGCAGCUCGCCAAAUCGGUCAAGGUAGGUGAGAUGUAAACGACUUGAUAUUAUUGGGACUUGAACUUUUCGUUUGUUCUUGAGCAAUGUUAUAAUAGAAGGCUCAGGUGUAUUGUUAUGUGCCAUGUGCAUACUUUCGUGGACGCCCCAAGUUUACUGAAUGAACGUCUUGUCAGACAAAUC